AUGGCUCAAGAAGGAGCAAGCACGUUGCACCCCUCACCUAUUCUGGAAACGAGGUGGAAACCCUUUGUGCACGGGCCGAUUAAAGUGAACUUUGAUGUCGCGGUUCCCGGGACUAAUUAUGUAGUCUUGGGUGGUGUUGCAAGGGAUUCGGUGGGUGACGUGGUGGUGUCUACUUGCCUUCGAGUGUUAGGUAAUUUUGAGGCUGAUGUUGCCGAGGCUUUGGCUAUGAGACACGCCUUGUCUACCUCUAUGGAGUCAGGCUUUAGAAAGGUAUGCUUGGAGACUGAUUGUAUCAGGUUGUACUCGCAUCUGUCGAAGGGAUAUGCUCCUCAUACUGCUUUUGGUUUGGUUGUUAACGACAUUCUUCAUCUUGCUCGUAGGUGGGUCUCAUGCUCUUUCUCUUUUGUUAAAAGAAGUGGCAAUUGUGUUGCCCAUAAACUUGCUAAGCUAAGCCUCUCCUUUCAUGAUCUUAGAGUAUGGAUGGAGGAGGUACCUAGUGAUGUGUUUUCUGCUGUUGUUGAUGAUUUACACUUUUUGAGUGAGUAA